GAGAACCAGAGCCAGUGUUACAGAGAGGGAGAGCAGAAACAGUCAACAAGAUAACAAGAGCUACGCGUGGGACAGCAGCCCACCGGAAAAGCGACGAUAGAGACAGAGCAGGCGAGCUGGUGUGCAAAACAAACGUGUCAGAGCCUGUGGGUCUGUCUGUCUGUGUGUGUGUGUGUGAGCUCAGUGUGUUUCCACGGUUCUCCCGAGGCCGUGGCAGCCAUGGCAUCAGACCCCAGCACCCAGUCCAGGGUGAUGUUCCAGGCAACGGGCAAAACAGAGGAGCCGGCGCACCGCAAGCUGGGAAAGCUGACAGUGAAAUACAACCGCAAGGACCUGCAGAGGAGGCUGGAUAUCGAGGAGUGGAUCGACGGGCAGCUGCACCUCCUAUUUGACUGUGAGGAGGAAGAGAUUCCAGAGUUAGAGAUUGACAUAGAUGAGCUUUUGGAGCUGACGGACGAGGGGCAGAGAACCCGGCUGCAGGAGUUGUUGCAAGAAUGCGGAAAGCCGAAAGAGGAUUUUAUCAACAGCCUGCUCUACAGGAUAAAGGGUCUACGCAAAAUGUCAGGUCCCUUGAAGAAAUAAUUAUAGGUCAAAUAAAGAAUUGAGACAAGGUGGAGGCUCUUAUCUUUCCAUCCCCCAUGUGUUAACUGUUUGGAUGCCUGUAUGUGUGGUCCCCCCACCCCCCUGGGUCAGCAUCAAUCUAACAGCAGAGCAGUUGGGGUUUGAAUGGCUGAAUAGUUUUUUAUUAUUUCACUUUAUUUUAUGGACAGUUAUAACAUCUCGUCUCCCAUCAAUAUACCAAUAAUGCACAUGUGAUAAAAGUUGUACUAUUACACAGACAGACUGUUUCUUUUGUGUAAGACUGUACAUUUUCUGUUGCCUAUUUAUGUACAUAAAUAUUUUUGUUCUGAUAGCAGUGUUAUAAGUCAAAAUAAAAUUGAACAUUUUCAA